AUGGCACCAUCUGCGUCCACGUCUGCUGCAGCCCCUCCCUUGGCAAAAGACGGGCAGCCCGUCAAAAUGAAGAAGAAACGCAAUCGCAAGGUGCUUUCGUGUAAUCACUGUCGAGUCAAGAAGCUCAAGUGCGAUCGCUUGGCACCAUGUACGGCUUGCGCGACGCGCAGCGUGCAUUGCACAAAUCUCGACAAGCCUAAACCGAGUAGCAACGCUGCUGCACUUGGAUCGACUUCGAAGCGACGCACGGCCACGAGUACGCGCAGAGCGGCUGCGGUAGGUAAUCCUGGAAAAGAUAGUGUGCGACAGCCAUCAGGGUCUGCAUCAGCUUCGUCACCCCACAGCUCUGGCAGUAGCUCCACAUAUGACUCAGAUGCAGACGGCAGCGAUAAUGAUUAUAUCGAAUCGGAUACACUGCGUGGCGCGUUCAGCUGGCAAGCGACUUCAGACUUGUCACUUGCCUUUGACGAGCGUGACUUGCCCGCGCGUCUACCACCGGCACCAGUCUCGUCUCUGAGACCGACGCUGCCCUCUUCGAGCGAUUCCGAUCCCACGCCCUCAUUCACUCUGCCCUCGAUCGCCGCACAGGCCGAGAGGAUCGCUUCAGCCUCUGCGCCACCGUCAUACCAGAUGCAGCCCAAGCCGGUUGUCACUGCUGUGCCACAAGUUGCGGCCAGUGCCAGCCUCGUGGCUGGCUAUACACUACCACCAGAUACUCAGUGUCGCGCAAUGCUGCUCAGCUACUUUGCCCAUGUCAAUACAAAGCUGCCAUUGGUUCACCGGCCUAGCUUCUGGAAAGACUACGAGCUAGAUCUAGCAAGGACGCAUACGGGUUACAGGGGCACUGUCUUCGGCAUGCUAUCCCUAGCAUCAGUCAAUGACCCAGACCAUCCAGAAUGGCAUCAGCAUGCGCACGAAUACUCGGAAGCUGCACGAGACACGCUUUUUCUUGGAGGCGGAGCCUUUGAUCUGUAUUGGCUGACGAGCAUCACACUCAUGCUGAUGAGCGCAAUCGCCGUUCAAUCGCCUUCGGCGAAAUACAUGCUUACCUGGGCGGUACGUACCGCCGUUUCAUACAAGGCACAUUGCUGCAAUGCCUCCCUAUGGACCAGCUCGCAGCUCGUGGACGAGAUGCGCAAGAGGUUAUGGUGGUCUCUGGCACUUUGCGAGCUUGUGCUAGCGUCUCAAUCUGGCGAUGUUUCUGCUUUUGACUGCAGCCUCACUGACUGCGGAUUACCUGGCGCAAACAGCGACGCAGAGCUUGCAGAUACAAGCAUGUCCGUCCAGUAUGCAGAUCGCGGCGAUUCGUACGAGCAUUCUGCCAACUUUGCCAGGUUAUUGGCAGUCUGUCAGGCGGCUUACGGCACUCUCCUUGCUAUUCGACAAGGGUCUAACAAUAUGCACGCCGCGAUCGCUCAUCUCACACGGUUCGACACCAAUCUAAUCAAAUCUGAGCACGAUAAUGUGCAACCUAUCACGGCAUAUCAUAGCAUCGUCUCAUCCUCGCUGCAGAUAAUGCUGCACGAAUCUUUGGCGGCAUCUUGGGCAGGACGAUCCCUAAGCGCUUAUACUGCGAGCACACAGGUCUGCAUGGCUGCCGUCAUGCGAGUGCAACAGAAGUUUGCAGCGAUGCAAGCACAAGCUGAGUUGUGGCCCCUCAGCGCAGCUCUCGCCGCGAUUUCUGAGCGUUUCCUCGCCCAAAUCGCAUCAUCUCAGGGCAAUCAGCCCAUCGUUCAACAUAUAGCGACGUCUAUCAGCUCCUCGCUCACGCGACCUGGCCUCGUACGGCCCGCUUCAGACUCGUCUGAUCGAUUCCAGAGCGCCAACAGUACCGCCCCCACGAGUGCAGGAACUUGGGCGCACGACGAUGUCAAUCGUUUCGCGGCCGAACUCAAGUCCCAUUCAGCUAGACCUUUCGAGCUAUCGGGCAUGCCAUCUCACCGCGUAGCAAGAUCAAGCUGGUCGUCUGGCACACCUGCGGCUACGUUACCGUGGGCAUUGGGUUCCACAGAAGAUACCUACAUGCCAUGUGACGCAGCGCUGCCUUCGCCUGGCUCAUUCUUUCCUAGACGGACAUCGCUCCCGUUUGGAAAGCUAGACUCGCCGGCGCGCAUGUACACGCCGUCGUUCGGUCUGGCAACGCCGGAUGACUUUGGCGGCUCGAGCAGCCAAUCAUAUUUCGACAACCUUACACGGUCCGAUCGCUAUUCCACAUUGUAA